AUGGCGUCCUUUCUUUUGAACCCCACACUCAUUUUAGGCCUUUGGACCGCACGCUCUCUAGCAAUUCCUGCUCCAUCAUCUGAAAACUUUUACGUGGCCAAGCGUGCAACAGCUGCACUCUCCUGCUGGGACAAUGCCAGCAACGGUCAAACCUUCACCGCAAAGAACGCAGAAUGGGAAAUCACCUGUGGCAAGGAAUAUGUCGGCGGCGACAUGGGAGCCUCCUGGCCCGCGUCGUUUGAAGAGAAGAACAAGCUCACCACCGCCGUCAAUAACGAAUCUGUUUGGACUGCACGUAAGAAGGUCGCCGCCUCAACCGGCGGCUCCAGCACAGGGACCAAGGCUCCUCCGGCCAUACAGGAUGUUACUUAUCAAGACAAGGCUAGCGAUGGAGUCGAGUACACCUCCAAGAAUGGCACGUUCUUGAUCGAAUGCGGCUUCGCCAACGUAACCUCGAAUGCGACUGAUGUCAACUUCCUCCACCGGAGCAUAAGCGGCAACAUUUUACUCUCCCUCAUCGACGACUCUACCGACAUUUCGAACCUCGCCACCGGUUCCUUCACCAGCGACUCUGCCUCCAAGACCAUCAUAAGUGACACCUUCGAUCGCCUUCUGCACUGCUACUACCUCGACGUGCUCGCCUCCUCCGGUGCAUCGCGUCUACGUCUUGUCGAGGUUGAGGGCGAGACGAUGAUGUUGGCCAUUGAUACCAAGGGCAGCUACCUUUGGCCGUUCGUGUGCGGUAUCAAGGGCCAGCUCAACAAAAUUUUCUUGGUCAGCGACCCGGUCAACGGUGGCGCAGCGCUGCAGAAGGAUAACAUGAAGUUCACUGUUACGGGUGGUGUGGCGCUGAUGGUGAAGGCGUAG